AACACCAUCUCAUAUACUGCCUGUAUGAUCUAUGGCUCGUCUUAGGCCAAUCUAUGAACUAGCGUAUCCGCUCGAACUGAAGGUUACAAACGUUUACCUAGCAACGGAAUGAAGGGGGCCCAAGCGAGGCAAAGACGAUACAAAAGCAGGCAUGCCGCGCCCUCUGCGAUCGAGCUGUGACCGUUGUCACUCUCAAAAGCUGAAAUGUCCGAAGGAGUCCGGAGUUGCAACAUGUACGAGAUGCAUCAAAGCUGGCACACCUUGCAUCUUCAGCCCAGCCGGCCUCAGUACGCGACGCAACAUGCUUACCCCCGUCCACCUAGACGGUGAUCUGAACAUGAACAUGAACAUGAAUAUGAACAUGGACAUGGAUAUGCAGUUCGAUUGGCCUCCUCUAGAUUUAAGGGGUGCAUUGGGGACUCCUCCGGAUGCUAUCCAAGAACUACAGCCGGACACAGCUCAGCGAGUCGGACCGGCACAGGCAGCUUCGCAGGAUCCUCGUUCUAUGUGUAUCCGACAACUAACGGCAUUAGUUGUCGAUGUUGACCUUGUGUCCCAGGAUUUGUCAUCCAUUUGUCGUGUUCAUGUGCCUAAAAAUCGACCAAUUGAAGAAUACCAUUCCGAAUUUAUCGAAAACAGCGCCCGUCAUCUUUGUAUUGAACAACUCUUUACCCAUGCACAACGCCUUAUGAACGUAUAUUCGCAGGCCCUGAAACUCAUUUUCGACAGGCCAGACUAUUCUGAAUGCAACGAUCCAGAUUGCUUUCACGCCGUCGAGUUGCCAGACGAAUUAGCAGUGUUCUUUUCCGGCUUAGAUGACGGCCAAGAUAAGAUUGACGUCUUACUAUUUAACCUUUUGACAUCGUGUCAUGCCAAAGUCGUAGAUGUGAUGGGCCUCGUCGUACUUUGUGCUCGAACGUGUACACAGAUUACUCUAAUCUCCCCCGACCUUGUUGAGCCAGACGUGCGAAUCCCCGAGGUACGAGUUGGAAACUUCGUCGCGACCAGUACAGCUGCUUCGACAAUGCAGACAGCUCUCUUAAUUCAUCUUGCUGAGGCCCUUGUCGACUACGCUCAACAACUUAGUCAGCGAGUCGCUGCGACUUUCGAAGACGACAACAGCCCGCAGUUUCGGUUGUUUGAACUUCAAUGUAAACUCCUAGAAGAGAAGGCCACAUCCAGGAUGAGAUCAUUGAAACAGGUCAAAGCUUUAUUUACGAAGAUGGGCUUCAUGAAGCAUUGGCUCCUAGGAGACGGAAUAAUUAUUAUUCACGUAUUUAGCACGUGUACGAAGACCUCGUCCUACCCGAUGGCCAACAGCUGCAGAGUCAUUGCGUAUUGAUGAGCAUUACAGAAAAGCAAAGUCUAUUUCUGAGGCCCACCUUCAAGAACUAGACGAGGUUGGAUUUUGAAAAUAAACAGAGGUAAACAAAUAUCUAUAUUUAACGUUCCUUGUUACUUGGAUCAAAGUCAAGGUCUGCUAACCGUCGAGAUUCCUUAUUGUUAUAUUGUAAAAUGUAACUAAAUUUGUUUUGCCCCUUUGUUACAGCACCUUACAGCCCAUUUGUUCAUGAAAUGUCUUUGUAUUGAUGAAAGACAUUGUAAAUCGAAGAACAUUUAUUCCGUUGAGAUUCCGUCUAAGUAGUCUAGGGGCCACAAUUGCGUCGAAGGUCAUUUCCAUUUACUUGUGCCCUGUUUUAACUGCUAUAUCAGUUACAUAUCCACAAGGCCUCGUGUAUGCGAAAGAGUGACAAGUA